AUGAUUACAAUAAAUCAAAUAACGGAUAGAAAAGCCAGAGGUCCAAAAAAAAAAAGAAAAACAUUACUUACAGGAUAUCCUCAAAAAAAAGGAUACUGUAUGAGAGUUUAUGAAACAAAACCAAAAAAGCCAAAUUCUGCAAUCAGAAAAGUGGCGAAAGUAACAAUUAAAUUAAAAAAUAAAAGAAAAAAUUUAAUAGCAUAUAUCCCAGGAUUUGGUCCACAUAAUUUACAACCAUUAUCAACGGUAUUAGUAAAAGGAGGACGAUGUCAAGAUUUACCAGGAGUAAAAUAUAGAUUAGUAAGAAAACACUAUGAUUUUUUAGCUGCUGAAAGAUUUGUAAGAAAAAAUAGAAGAUCAAAAUUUUCAGUUAAAAAUUUGGAAACAAAAGCAAAAAAAGGAAAAGCAGUACGUAUAGAAUAA